AUGCGGCGGCCGUCACGGGAGACGGGAGGCGGAGCCGAGGCGGGGAGUAAGAGGCGCUUGCCGCUGGCGCCCACGCCCCCGCCGCCCAAGCGGAGGGCGGUCUCCGCGAGGCGGCAGUUCCCGCCCGGUUGCGGGCGGCACGCGGCUGCUUCGCUCGCCGGCGCCGACGCCGGUUCACAGCUCGGAGAUGCUGGUGCCCGCGGCUGUUCUGCUGUACGGGAAAGCAAGGACGGUGCCCUGUUUGGAGCGGCGACUCCCAGUGCUGCAGGUACGAGUGCGCUGGAGAAGGUGUCUGCAGCGGUUGCUGAUGGUCCAGUGGCGGGCAGCGGCCAUCAUGUUCCAGAGGCAGGUGUGGUGAAAUCUUCAUCAGAGGCUUUGCGCCGGAGUGAUGUGGCUGCCCCAGAUGGUUCGUUGGAUAUCGGCUCGCAAGGCGUUCCUUUUGUUUCAGUGGAGGGCAGGGGAAACGGAGCAGGGAGUGCUGAAUUGGGGAGGAAGGAGUCAGUGCCAGCUGCGCCUUUGCAAGCAGAGCCGAUGGUGUCUUUCGCCAAACGCAGCUUCCCCCCUGGUUGCGGUAAGGAUGCAGUGCUAUCUGUUCUUGUUGGGCGAGGCAUCGGCGAAGUGCGAUUGCCGUUGGAAUCUGGUGUUGCUGAUGGUGAUUUGGGUGUGGCUGAGGAGCUGGUCUCUACAGAUGGUUGUAUUUCCACGGUGCACGGACAUGACAUGGAGAUUGUGCCUCCACAAAGCAAUGAUACUAUUGACGGGACAUUACAUGAUGAUGGAUUGGAGGAGGGUGAGAUUCUUCCCGAGGCUGUGGUUCAAGAAUCUCAAGUUUCUACCAGUGAUACUCUGCAAAAUUCUUCAGCUUGUAGACAUGGGUCUUCUGCAGAAAUUUGUUCUUCUGAAACUUCUUUGAUGCAGUCUUCUAAUGAUAAGGAAGGUGGGAACACAUUGCAGUGUUGGGAGAAGAGGUCAUCAUGCUUAGUUGAAAAAGAGGUCGAGGUGAUGAACGUUGGGAGCUCAUGCAGUGGUGUUGUUGAAUGUCCGGCUGAAGAUUCUUCCAAACAAAAUCUGAUGCGUACGAGUGUGUCUGAAAUUGCUUCGAUGAACAGAGCAUCGUCUGAUCUUGCAGCUGGAGUGUCUGGCAAUGUUACUACGAUGAGAAGUGUUGCUGCGCAUGAUUCUACAACUUAUAGACGUGGGGCUUCUGUUCCAGAACUUAGUGCUGUGGACGCUUCUAUGAUGCAGCCUUCUAAUGAGAAGACUGGUGGGAACAUAUUGCAGUGUAAGGAGAAGGGAUCAUCAUGGUUAGUUGCAAAAGAUGUCGAGGUGAUGAACCAAUCUAUUAGGAGUUCAAGCAAUAUUGUUGCUGAAUCUUUGGCUAAAGAUUCGUCCAAACAAGAUAUGUUGGACAAGAGAGUGUCUGAAAGUGCUAGGAUGAAGGUCAUGUUUACACCUCGGAAAGUAGUCAGGCCUACAAAAAAUGUUUACAAGGAGGAGACUGAACAUGGAAGGGGUGUGAUCAUAAAUAGGAUUAAGGAUACCGUUGAGCUUACUACAGAUCAAGUUAUGCAAGUUCAAAUGUCUUCAAACAAGUACCUCAUGACACAGGAAAAGGAGGCUGCUACAACUAGGGGCUUCUUUGGUCCCAGAAAGAAGGUGAAGGUAAAAGCUCCAGCUCAUCUACAGAUGAAGAUUGCCUCUACGUGUGCAUUGGGUAGCGAGGGGAAACUGAACGAUGAGGUGGCAUCCAACUUGGAUGAUGAUGACGUAUUGAAGGCAGUAGUUGUUCAUGAAGGAAAGCUUGAACUAUACCUCAACAAUUCAUCAGAUCUUCCUUCUGUCAGAUGUCAAAAGCAAUAUGGAUCCCAGAAUGCAGAUGCUAGGAGAAAAUUCAAGAUGUUGUGCAGGAGGUUUGAGUUUGUAUGCCGAACUCUAGUGCAAGCUGUGGAGCAGCAUUCACUGAAGAUUAGGAGAAUUGACCUUGAAGCUGAUAAAGUGAUAAGACAAUUACCAGAUUUUAUCAAACAUGAUCCUAUUGUGGGACAAGUCCCUGGAGUUGAAGUUGGUGAUGAGUUUCUAUACAGAGUUCAGCUUGCCAUUGUUGGUCUUCAUCGUGUAUACCAGGGAGGCAUUGACACCACUACACAUAGAAAUGGUGAGCGCAUUGCAAUAAGCAUUGUUGCUUCUGGAGGUUAUCCAGAUGAGUUGCCUUGCUCAGGUGAAUUAAUAUACACCGGUUCUGGUGGGAAGCCUGCUGGUAACAAGUGUGUUGAGGAUCAGAAGCUUGAGCGGGGGAAUCUUGCAUUGAAAAACUGUAUCAAAACAAAAACACCAGUCAGGGUGAUUCAUGGCUUUAAGGGGCAGAAUACUGAGGGAGGAAGUCAUUCGAGGGCCAAGCAAAUCUCAACAUUUACUUAUGAUGGACUGUAUCGGGUGGUGGAUUUUUGGAUGCAUGGUCGGCCGGGUUCAAGGAUGUUUAAGUACAAGUUGCGAAAGAUUCCUGGGCAGCCAGAACUUCCUAUGCACAUAGCUAAAGGCAUGAGGAAGUCCAAAACGCGUCCAGGCCUGUGCAUGGUUGAUAUAUCUCAAGGGAAGGAGGGAACUCCCAUCUGUGUCAUUAAUACAGUUGAUGAUGUGCAACCGACACCGUUCCGAUACAUCACUAGAAUUAAAUAUCCAUCAGGGCUUACAAAAAUACGCCAUCAGGGUUGUGACUGCACCAAUGGAUGCUCAGACUCUGCGAGCUGUGCCUGUGCUGUGAAGAAUGGAGGGGAAAUCCCAUUUAACUUAAAUGGUGCAAUUGUCAAUGAAAAGCCCCUGAUAUUUGAGUGUGGUCCAUUUUGUAAAUGCCCUCCUUCAUGCCAGAACAGGGUCAGUCAGCAUGGUAUGAAAAUACCACUGGAAGUAUUCAGGACAACCAAGACAGGUUGGGGCGUAAGAUCCUUAAGGUCCAUCUCUUCUGGCUGCUUCAUAUGUGAGUAUGUUGGUGAGCUGCUGUAUGGCAAGGAAGCUGACAAGAGAAAGAACAGUGACUACUUGUUUGAUAUAGGCCUUAACUGUGGUGAUGGAUUGCAAUCAACUGUUUCGGGUCUGAACACUUCUAGCUCUUGCUCUCAGAUCAUGGAAGAUGUGGGCUUCACGGUAGAUGCAGCUGAGUACGGAAAUAUUGGAAGAUUCAUCAACCAUAGCUGUUCACCUAAUCUUUACACACAAAAUGUUCUUUGGGACCAUGAUGACAAAAGGAUGCCUCAUAUUAUGUUCUUUGCCGCGGAGACAAUUCCACCGCUACAGGAGCUCACCUAUGACUAUAACUACGAAAUAGAUCAUGUCCAGGAUGCGAAUGGAAGGAUAAAAUUCAAAGUUUGUCAAUGCGGUUCUCCACAAUGCUCUGGGAGGCUAUACUAAGGCAUGGUCAACAGCAAGUCGCAUUGUAGUUUUGUGAAGAACAAUAUCCUAAGGAGUGUGGUUCACUUGUAUUUUAAGUCGAUGAUACAUGGAUACUAGAUACUAUGAGAUGUUACUGCUAGUAAACAAAAGUUUUAGUCUUAGUUGAUGACAUGUAGAUAAAAUGAGACGCUACUGCUGUCUGCUGGUAAAGAAAAUCAAUAG